AUGUCAAUUCUGCGGCUCUGUGCUCUUGCACAGUGUGUGAAAGGCAGCCGUGUGUGGCUGGGGACGUCUGCUACCACCGCCUCUGUCGCCAAUGGUUUAUUGUGUGUUAACCGGAGACAAGGCGCCUGGAUAACAGAGUCCUGUUUGAGCCUCCAAAAAAGAAAUGUAUCAUGUCUGAUUCCCAAGGCAGAUGACAACAAGAAACGUUUGUUAGAACAGUCUCUCGUUGAUGUUCUUGAAGCCAGAAUCCAGCAGCUCCAAUCCAAAGUGGUUCUAGAAGUCCAACAUGCCAAGAAAGUGCAAUUUGUCUCCUCUCCCUCUUCGGGAAAAAACCUGGGAAAACAGGCCAGAAGCCAAUCUCAGGCAAAAGCAGAACAGCCCAAAUCCAGCAAGCAAUCCUCAAAGUCUCAGCCUAAAGAGACACAAGCCAGAGCACGGGUGUUGGCGGAGGCUGAAGAGCUGGAGAAAAGACUGAACGAGCAGCUGAGGGAAUGGGCUUCUUCAAAUGCAGCAGAGACCCCCGAGCCGGGUCAGACUGAGGGCACGUAUGCAGCGGAUAUUCGAAACAGCAUCCACUCUUACCUGGAGGCCUGUGUGUUCAACGGAGAUAUCGACCGGGCGCACUACUUCCUGCUCAGCCAACAUCGCGUGCGGAAAAGGCGGAGGCAUCUCAACACGGACAUCUAUAACAUCAUGAUGAGGGUCUGGGCCAAAAAGGGAACACUGAAUAACAUCGGUCGCAUCUUUCUUCUGCUGGAAGAAGCCGGUCUCAAACCAAACCUGGGCUCCUACUGCGCGGCGUUAGAAUGUAUGGGACGCAGUUCAAGCUCACCACAAGUUAUUGCCAGGUGCCUGAAGCGGAUGGAGGAGGAUGGCCUUUCUGUGGAUGAUCUGUUCAGUCAGUGUCUGUUUCGACAAGAUGAGAGAGAUAUGGUGCUGAAGUCUGUCCACGUCCUGCAGCCUGAUUACCAGCCAAAGCUGCACUCAGAAGAAGCCCUGCGCUACUCCUCUCUGGUGGAGGACUUCUACACACAGAGGGCGGAGCAUCGCUAUCCCAAACUGCACUUCACGAAAGCAGAGCUUCAGGAGCGCUUCCGCAGGCAGCUGGCCAUGGAGCAGGCCUGCACCGUCACCAUCCAGUCCACAGAGGCUUCCAAGCCAGUCACCGAGAAGAUGGACCGCAUGAGGAAGUUGCUGUCAGAGCAGAGGACACUUUGGCACAAAACCCUGGUCCAGGCUUUCAAGGAGAGCAAGCUUAUCCUCUCCAACACCAACUCCAAGGACUACAGGCUCAACCUCUAUCCCUACCUGUGCCUCCUGGACGACAGCGAGUAUGCAGACAUCAUGGUGCAGAGUGUUGCCAACAUGCCGCCCAGUGGCGAGUCGCUCAAGAUCAUGGCUCGAGACCUCGGCAGCAGAAUCUACACCAAGUACUCCGUGCGGCAGAAGCAGCAGAACCACAUGAUGGACAAGAUGAGCAGCAUCUACAGUUCCUACGCGGACAUUUUGGCCCAAGACACAGAGGUUUACCCAGUCCUUCCUAGAGAGUGCUGGUGUGAGCUGGAGGCAGUGCACUCGGACGGUCCCACUCUCAGGGGAACAGAGACAAACUGGCCCUUCAUAGUGACUGUAGAGCUGGGCACGUACCUGGUGGAUCUGAUGGUGAAUAACCUCAAAAUUAACAGCGACAUCUUGAAUCCCGCUCAUGAGCGCAAACUCAUCCCCAUCCUCUACCACAUGUACACGUUCAGGAGCACCCGACAGAUCGGUUUCAUCAAACCUCACCCCCUCCUCAUCCAACUGCAGCAGGACGCCAUGGAGACCCAUUUGACAUUUGACUCUUACAUCAUCCCCAUGCUCUGUCCUCCUGUGCCCUGGACUUCAGUCAAAUUCGGGGCCUAUCUUUUGACCCCUACAAAACUGAUGCGCACUGUGGACGGAGCCACCCAGCACGAGGAUUUGCUGGAGAAGAACCAGAACUUGGAGCCGGUCAUGGACUCUCUCAACCAGCUUGGCAAUUGUGCGUGGAAAGUCAAUAAACCACUUUUGGAUAUUAUCAUUACAAUUUUCAACGACAAAGGCAGUGACAAAUUGGAUAUCCCUCCCCCAAUGUCAGAGGCCCCGAAAAUACCUCAUUUUAAUUCUCACGAUCCGUCAAUCACAGCCAGUGAGAAGGCCCAACUAAAAAAGGAGGUAAUUUUUGCUAAAAAGAAAUGCGGCGAAAUGCACAGUUUACGCAUGGAUGCACUUUAUAAGCUCUCGAUUGCAAACCACAUGAGAGAUGAGAUUUUUUGGUUCCCACACAGCAUGGACUUUAGAGGCCGGACGUACCCCUGUCCACCUUAUUUUAACCACUUGGGCAGCGACCUGACACGGGCCAUCCUCUUGUUUGCCGAAGGGAAGCCCCUGGGUCCCAAGGGACUCGACUGGUUAAAGAUUCACUUGGUCAAUUUGACAGGUCUGAAGAAGAGAGACUCACUGCAGGGACGGCUGGAGUACGCCAACUCCAUUAUGGACGAUAUUCUGGACUCUGCUGACAAUCCACUUAAUGGCAGGAACUGGUGGAUGAAUGCAGAUGAGCCGUGGCAGGCUCUGGCGUGCUGUAUGGAAAUAGCCAAAGCAAUGAGAUCACCGGAUCCUCUGCUCUUUAUUUCACAUUUUCCUGUUCACCAGGAUGGCUCUUGUAAUGGGCUACAGCACUACGCCGCUCUGGGCAGAGACGUUAUUGGUGCCACAUCUGUCAACCUCAUGCCCUGUGAUCUGCCCCAAGACGUCUACAGCGGAGUAGCACAGCAGGUGGAGGAGCUGAGGGCGCGGGACGCAGAGAAGGGCCUGAAGAUCGCACAGGUCCUUGAGGGCUUCAUCAGCCGGAAGGUGGUCAAACAGACUGUGAUGACUGUGGUGUACGGGGUCACACGCUACGGGGGACGCCUGCAGAUUGAGAAGAGGUUGAAGGAGAUUGAUGACUUCCCCAAGGAGCAUGUGUGGGAUGCCUCUCAUUAUCUGGUCCGGCUCGUCUUCAGCGGCUUAAAAGAAAUGUUUACGGGCACAAGAGAAAUCCAGGACUGGCUGACGGAGAGCGCCCGGCUUAUUUCCAAGUCCGGACAUACGGUGGAGUGGGUGACCCCCCUUGGAUUACCCAUAAUUCAACCAUACCAUCGAAAACGCAAUUACUUGCUGAAGAGCACCAUGCAGCACAUCAACCUUCAGAUCAGCCAUGACACCAAAGAGAGACCAGAUACAAUUAAACAAAAGAACGCCUUCCCUCCAAACUUCAUCCAUUCCCUGGAUUCCACCCACAUGAUGCUGACGUCGCUUCACUGCCACAGUGCUGGUCUUACAUUUGUGUCCGUUCACGACUGCUACUGGACCCAUGCCCUGACUGUGGACAUCAUGAACAAGAUCUGUCGGGAGCAGUUUGUGGCACUGCACAGCCAGCCCAUCCUCCAAGAGCUGUCCACUUCUCUUCUCCGCAAAUACUGUGCAGGUCCCAUGACUGAGGCCAAGAACAAGAAGUACCAGGAGUACAGGAGGCUGCUGCUGCUGCUGGCCAAAGUGCCUCACACAGGUGACUUUGAUCUGAAGCGGGUGAUGGACUCCACCUACUUCUUCAGCUGA